UGUGUGUGGCCUCCUGAUCGCUGCCGCAGCUGGGGGAUCUCUCUUACACUCCCUGCACCUUAUAUUCAUUUAUUCCCCAUUAACCCAUUUAUAUAGCAGGGAUGUUAAAGUGCAACUCCCAGCAUCCAGCCAAAUUCUCAAUCUAUUUCUGUAGUGCUGCUGCUUUAAAUGCGCCCCCAUAGCCUCUCUGCUUAUCCUCAUCCCCCUUCAGUCCAUGGAAUCGGUGUCUUUAUUGGGAUUGUGAGUUUGAUAUGGCAGCUCCCCCCCAGAAUAGUAAACGGCCGGUGUUGGUGCUUCAGAACGAUGGGCUGUAUCAGCAGAGGAGAUCCUACACCAAUGAGGAUGAAGCCUGGAAGUCCUUUCUUGAAAAUCCCCUAACAGCGGCCACCAAAGCCAUGAUGAGCAUAAAUGGAGAUGAAGACAGCGCGGCCGCCUUGGGACUUUUGUAUGAUUAUUACAAGGUUCCAAGGGAAAGGAGGCCGUCGGCAGCAAAGCAGGAGCACGACCACGUGGAGCAGGAGCACAGCAAAAGGAAUGGUUUGCAUCAGAUCAAUGAACAAGCCCUGCUUGCAGAGAACAGGGUGCAGGUACUGAAAACGGUGCCCUUUAACAUAGUGGUACCCCUGGCCAACCAGGUGGAUAAAAGAGGUCACCUGACCACGCCGGACACUACAGUCUCUGUUGCUCACCCCAUCAAAACCGAAUCCCAGAGCCAUUGCUUCUCUGUGGGCCUUCAGAGUGUGUUCCACACGGAACCGACAGAACGGAUUGUCGCCUUUGACCGAAAUGUCCCUUCUGAUCACUUCACCCCUAACAGCCAGCCCCCUAAUUCCCAGAGGCGCACCCCUGACUCCACAUUCUCCGAAACAUACAAGGAAGAUGUUCCAGAGGUUUUCUUUACACCUGACCUGAGUCUACGAAUGGGCAGCAUGAAUUCAGAAGACUAUGUUUUUGAUUCUGUUGCUGGGAAUAACUUUGAAUAUACCCUUGAGGCGUCGAAAUCCCUUAGGCCUAAACCCGGGGACAGCACGAUGACCUAUCUGAACAAAGGCCAGUUUUACCCCAUAACCCUAAAGGAGAUUGGCGGCAACAAAGGAAUACACCAUCCAAUCAGUAAAGUCAGAAGUGUGGUUAUGGUUGUGUUUGCUGAUGACAAGAGCAGAGAGGAUCAGCUCCGCCAUUGGAAGUACUGGCAUUCACGGCAGCACACGGCAAAGCAACGAUGCAUAGACAUAGCCGACUACAAAGAGAGUUUUAACACCAUCAGUAACAUCGAGGAGAUUGCCUAUAACGCCAUUUCUUUUACCUGGGACCUGAAUGAUGAAGGAAAGGUGUUUAUAUCGGUGAAUUGCCUGAGUACAGACUUCUCCUCCCAGAAAGGAGUGAAAGGGUUGCCUCUGAACCUUCAGAUUGACACUUACAGCUACAACAAUAGGAGUAACAAGCCAGUGCACAGAGCCUACUGCCAGAUUAAAGUCUUCUGUGACAAGGGGGCAGAACGUAAAAUAAGAGACGAAGAACGUAAACAGAGCAAGCGAAAAGGCAAGUGUUCUGAGCCCAGCUCCCAGAUCAAUACUUUUCAAGAAGUUAAGGUGGGGCUUCUACCAUCUCACAAGAGGACCGACUUCACUGUGUUUAAGCCCAUGAUGGAUCUGGACACUCAGCCUGUCCUGUUUAUCCCAGACGUCCAUUUUGCCAACCUCCAGCGCACCACCCAUGUUCUUCCUAUUUCUCCUGAGGACAUGGAAGGAGAAUUGAGCCCUGGAAUGAAGAGACUUCCCUUCUCCCCUGAAGAGGAUUUCACCGCACCCCCUGCUAAGCUGCCCCGGGUUGAUGAACCAAAAAGAGUUUUGCUCUACGUCAGGAGGGAGACAGAGGAAGUUUUUGAUGCUCUAAUGCUCAAAACACCAACACUGAAAGGAUUAAUGGAGGCUGUCUCUGACAAGUAUGAAGUUCCCAUUGAAAAAAUUGGAAAGAUUUUUAAAAAAUGUAAAAAGGGAAUCCUGGUCAACAUGGAUGACAAUAUAAUAAAGCACUACUCCAAUGAAGACACAUUCCAGCUACAGAUUGAAGAGUCAGGUGGAUCCUACAAACUGACACUCACUGAGAUUUAGGCGUUCGUUAAAGGACCCCAAUGGACCGACACUUAAACCAACAAGUGACUUGCUUUUGGGAAAAAGCCAGGCUUGGUGAUAUAAGCUGAACCAUUGACCACAGCCUCCAAAUGCUUCAUGGACCUUGCCUGCUGGGAGAAACCAAGUCCGGGCAAUGUCAUAACUGCUUACCCCAAAAGUGACCAAUCACCAUCAGACUGAGAAUAUUCAGUGUCACUUGAGAUUUGCUGAAAUGGGUUGCAGGCAGUGAGAAUAGGGUGAGCUGGUGAAGAGAAGAGACCUUAUCAACUAGAGUAUUUCCCAACCAGGAAGUUGACUUUCCUCUGAGCAGCAGUUCUUGGCAUAUUACAAUUAUGAACUUUUAAUAUGCAUUAUCUUGUUUUCCUAUAAUGAAAACCAAGUCAGGCUAACGAUUCAGUCUAUCCUUCUCUUUGUCUAAUGAAUGCCAUCUGUGCAUGCCAGGAUGGGGCCCUCGCUCUGUCAGAGGCACCCACAAUGUCUUGCAGUGUCAGGGAAGCCAAGGCUGUUCCUUCUUUUUUCUAUGCAACUUAUAACUAAGUGCCUUGUAUGUGAAGAACAAAAAUGCGGGUUUUGUGAUGCAACUUGGUGGCCAUGAAGCUGCAAUGUAAAUAGAACGUGCAAUACAUUUUUUUUUUUUUUUUUUUGUAUUUGUAAAUGUGUAAAUAUAUUUUCAUAUUCUUCAUAAAUAAUAUAUAGAAGUUUUGGGAUGUGUGUGUAUAGGACACAGAUAGGCAAGCUCUGUGAUAAGUUUGGCAAACAGCAUGCCUUCUGGGAAACUCCUGUUUUGGGAAGGAGGGGGAAGAGAUUCUCUGCAUUGAUUGGCUUAUUUCAAUGUUGCUAAAGUAUGGUUACAAUGAUAACAUAAGGAGGUGUGCUGCUUUCACAUAGAAGAACCCACCAGUCAGUCUCUUUCCAUGGCUCAGUGGUUUAGGUAGACCUUACUGUGCUGAUGCUCCUCAUUAAAACCACACACUGGGAACCUCCACUAUUGGAAGUAUGAAGCCUUGAUAGAGUCUUGCUUGUAUUUUUCCCUUUAAUUUUAAAAUGUAUUAAUCUAGUGAAGUCUAAGGGGGAAAAUAUGCUUUUAUUUUACAUAUAGCUUUCUUUUUAUUAAAUUAUUUCAGGGGGUGGUGGGAAGGGGCAUUUUUAUCUUGCUGCCAUCUGAAUGAUUUCCUCAUUAGAGGAAAAAAAAGUGGCAAAGACCAUUAUAAAUUAAUUAGUAAAGUAGAUUUCCAACAUAUUAAUCAUGGACAACUCUGCAUCAUUAAACAUAAUGUUUGGUUUUGCCUGAAUGCAUAGAAACCAUUGACCUCUUGUGUUUUCCUAUUGUAUAUAAAAGCUACCAAGCCAAUUCUGGAAGAGCAAUGUUUACAAAGUACCUUUAUUUUAUUUUUUCUGCUGUCAUAGAAGCCAUAGCUCUGUUUUACAGAUGCAUUUGAUCCAUACUGCAGGCUACUGUCGUAUUAUAGUAGUUUGCAAUCAUCAUAAUUCAUUAAAAUUGGUAUUUGCCAACAAAUUUGUAUGAAGCAAAAGCAGUGUUCCCAGGUAGGACAUACACAGUGCUACGCAAUAUGUUGGCGCUAUAUAAAUACAUGUUGAUAAUAAUAAUACUUGUGUUGCCACCCAUAUCAGCCCCCAGGCCUUGUCCGCUGUGAGUGUUUUAUGGAGAAACCCACGGGUGGAUCAGCACGUUGAUAAUCAUGUUGGCAGAUUGACUUUUAAUACCAAUACAUAGGAAUUUAACUAAAAAUAUAGGACUCUUCAAAAAUACCCUCGCAUAUUUCACAUUUACUUUUCCUCUACGGUGUUGACCCAUUUGCAGAAAGUCUUUACAGAACAUGUUUUAAAACUGAUUAUCCCCAAAAAUGGUCCCAGGGGGCAGAUCUAUUGUAAUAUAUUCCCUUGAUAGUGUAAAAACAUUUGAAAACACUUAUUUUGUUCUGGAAAAUGUUUUGUAAUUGUGUGUGAAUAUAUUUUAUGUAUAUAUUUAGUUUACUCUAAGUUGCAAGUUUUUACUUUCUUGAACUUCAGGGACAGAACUUGAAAAUGUUCUAUAUACAAAUAUAAUUUCUUUUCCAAGCUGCUUAAAAUAAGUAAGGAAUGGCUAGGGAGAUAUCUAUAUGUAUUACUGGUAGGGAAGGAGGUUUUCAAUAAUGAUUAGUAAUUGUAUCAGUCUCCGAACGCAGUGUUUUUUAACCCAUUAUUUAACCUCAGACAAAGCUGGGUUUUUGGCUGUUUGAACACUAAGGAAGCAAACACAUGGCAAUAUGGUAAUUGAUCAUGUUGCUUUAAUGUACCUGUUCUUAUGAUGGGAUCUCUUUAUAUCUAGUACUUGAAGAGUGGGAAUAAGAACAAUAAAUCGGAUAACUUUUCCAGUUGUAGGACCAUCAUUGUUACAAGAAUAUCUGAGCAGUUGGUGGGGCUUCAGGGAAACUCCUGAGCCGGUGGAUUUGGGGGUCUGUAGUCUUAGCUUAUAUAUGUAUAGUAAGGUGUUGUUUCAUGUUCUAUUUUUAUUGGUUCUGUAUAAAUUUUAACUGGCGAAAAUACAUUUUAUAUUUCAGUU